CGCUUGCACAGUUUCAAGUUGACAAUCGAGCGAAACGCAAUGCGAAAGUUGGCGAAGCGGAACAUUUUGUGGCUGCUGCUGCUGCUGCACUUAGUUGCAGCAGCGUUAACCUUGACUGGGUCGGAAUCGGAGUUGGAGCCAGACUCAGAGUCAGUUUCACAUCGUCGCGUGAAGCGCAUUGUAGGUGGCAAGAGUGCCAAGCCGCCGCCAGUGGAUGAUCCGGUUGUGUUUGCACGGCUCUUCAAUCGAGAUACACGCAUCGAGGGCUUCCGGAACACCCGAACGGGCAUCUACAGCUUUCUGGGCAUGCACUAUGCGGAGCCCCCGAUUGGGCAGCUGCGCUACUCGCGGCCCGUCUAUAAGCGGCUCAGUGGGGAUAUAAAUGCCACGCGGCAUGGCCCGCCCUGCUUACAGCCGCAUCCGCAGCAACGGCAGCGUAUCAUCGGCGAGGAGAAUUGCCUGUUGUUGAAUGUGUACACGCCCCAGAUGCCGGACGAGACGACGGGAUUGCCCGUGUUUGUGUGGAUACAUCCAGGUGGCUUUCGCUUCGGCUCUGCGGCUCAAUACGAUGCCACGCCCAUGGCCCAGCAGGGGGCGAUUGUUGUGGCACCGCAAUACCGUCUCGGCUCGCUGGGCAUCCUCGGGGACGGCACCAAGGAGUUCGAUGGCAAUCUGGCCAUGUUCGAUCUGGCCACAGCUCUGCGCUGGGUGAACGACUAUAUCUCACAGUUUGGCGGCGAUCCCAAGAGGGUGCAGGCGAUUGGUCACGGCUCAGGUGCUGCCAGCGCCAUGUACCUGUCCAUGUCGCGCGCUGCUCGCAGCGCAGGCGAGGUUCACGGCGUGGUGGCCAUGUCGGGCACUGCACUCUCGCAAUAUGCCAUGGACAAGGAGCCGGUGCAGAGUGUCGAGGAGGUGGCCAAGAUUAACAACUGUCCCACUGGCAAUGAGCUGGAAAUUGUCAAAUGUAUGCGAGCGAAAUCCGCCAUGGAGAUCAUUCAGAACGAUGGCAAGGUGCAGACAGAGCGUCUGGCAGGACGCGCUUUGGUCAAGGGACUCACGGGCAACGCAGGCUUCCAGCCGCACAUUGAGGCAGAGGAUGACAAUCGUGCGCUGCCCAGCCUGAUAAUUGGCGAGCCGGAGAAGCAGCUACGCAGCGGCAACUACACGGGCAUUCCACUCCUGACCGGAGUGACCAAGCACGAGACGGCCAACUCGGUGACUGUGGACACGCUGAACAAGGUCUACGGCUCGGCCGAGAAGUUCCUGGGCUCACUGCAAGGUGCACUGCAGCAGCUGACGGGCUUUUUGCGCAUCGAUGAGCUUACAGGUGGCAUUGCGAAGCCCGUGUUACCUGGCUUAAGCAACGUGCUGACGCCCACGUUGCAGGAUGUGUGGAAAGUGCCGCAGGCACUGAACGUGGAUCAAGUGCUGGCCAAGGUGGUGGAGUCCACCACCGAUGUGCUAUUCAACCUGCCCGCCGUGCUCACGACACAGGUCUGGUCCAAGCUAGCACCUGCUUACAUGUACAGCUUCGAGUACAACGGCACCAAGUCGAAGGGCAUCAAUUUUCUGCACGGUCUGCCCAUCGUGGCGGAGCAGGCCAAGAGCAAGCCGGAGCUGGUGGCUCAUGGCGAUGAGCUGGGCUAUAUGUUCGAUGCGAAUGACAUCUUUGGCGAGCCGCUGCCGGAGACGCGGCUCACCGACGAGGACGAUCUGACGGUGCGCCGGAACUUAAUUGAUAUGUUGCUGCAGUUUGCCAAGCAGCAGGAUGGCCCGAAGGAUAGUGCGGGCGGAACCACAGCGAAACUCUUUCAGAGCAUCUCGGGCAAGGCCACGCCUUUUAUCAAGGUCAACACCCAGCUGGAGGCUGCCAGUGAUUUUCGCUUCUGCGAACUGUCCGUGCUGGGCGCCUCGCUGUCUCCCUUGACCUCCACGAGCUGCGCUGCCUUGGGCAGCGUGCUGGGCCAGCUGGGCGGCGGUCUAGGCCAGACGGUGGGCGGCGUGGGCAAGACAGUGGGCGGUGUCGGAAACACUCUGGGCCUGGGUGGCGUUGGCCAGUCACUUGGCCUCAAUGGCAACAAAAACAAUGAGAAUAAACGUGGCGGCGGUCUGGGCCUGGGUUUGCUUUAAGUUCUUAUUGCCAUCUCGAAUAAAGCCUGGUUGGUAUUGAUACAAGCUGCUGGUUGCUAUGAGCCGACGCUCAAUUAGCACAGCUCACACAGCUCGCUAAUCUCUCUAUUGACUUUGUGCCUCUGAAUUCCACCGAUAAGCAAAUUUCCGGCCAGCCGACGCGCAAAAUUUAAA